AUGUUUGAUGGGUCCCCUGACAUGUGCAGGGGGUUUCUGGAGAAGUGUGUCCUGUAUUGUGCACUCAUGGGGAUCCAUGGGGACCGGGAGCAAGUGGACUUUAUCAGUGAUGCUUCCUUGCUGCUGCCUGCCACUCCUCAUUCCAAUCCUGUAGCUGCAGCACUUGGUCCUGCUCCUGUUUUUGGUCCCUUGGAUUCCCAAGAGCCAUCUUCUGAAAAGCCUAAUAAAGAGAAGCGUGGCUCACAAAGACAUCAGACCUCCCCGCCAGCCAGCGCCAUGGAGGCCCUGCCGCCCAGCGCCCCAGCCAACGUCUUGCCUGUUCCUGAAUCUGAGCCUGUGUCUGAUCUGUCUGUUCCUGAGUCUGCUCAAAUGCCCCAGUCUGAUCCCGAGCCCGCUCCAGAGCCCCAUCUCCAGCCCGCUCAACUGCCCCAGUCUGCUCCAGCGUCUGUGCCUGAUGUGCCGGAUCCCAAGCCCGCUCCAGUGUCAGCCGCCCCAGUUGAUCUUCAACCAACUCCUUGA